AUGACGUCGAGCAAGACGGUGCUCUUGCACUUGGGGCACCUUUGGUCCUCCUCGGAAAGCAUAACGUACAUCAGGCAGCGCGGACAGCCGACCAGCAUCAUGGAAGUCGCCUCCUCAGGGCUAGCCGGGUACAGCCGGGACUCGCUCGGCUCCGAUGACAAGCACGACGUCGGCGGCGAAUCCGUCGGCGACCGGCUCGGCGGCUCGUCCCGUGGGCGGCUCCGCCUCGGCGGCGACAGGUUCAGCUUCAGAAAGAAAACCAAAAAAGUAUUUACCGGAAUUGAGAAAUAUUCGAUCGCCUCAAUUUUUCCCGAUCGAGAGGGUUUCGUGAAGAUUACCGGAAAAAUCGAGGUGGUUAGAGGCGGUAGCGAUGUUUCAGAAUCAAAAUUAGUUAGGCUAGCUGCGGCGCGGCCGUGGGCGGCGGUGGUGGUGGUGGGGAGUAGUAGAAAGGCCGGUAAGAAGAAGGCGUGUAUUUGGAGGCCUAUGGCGAUUGGGGAUUUGGGUUUUGAGGAAAAUGAGAGUAUUAAGGUUCACGGGGGUCCUUGGCUCAUCGCCAUUGAGGAUCUACUUGACGCGGUUCUCGAGGCUAAGGAGGAGGUCGAGGUUGCGGAGGCCGAUGUCUACGUCAAUGGCGACGAAAAAGAAGCCGAGGCGCGCGAGGGAGAGGCCAAUUUGGGCAGUUGUGCUGGUCUGCCGCCUUUGCCGGAGGUGAUGAACUCGACGCGGGGGGUCUCGUCGGAGAGCUGCCGCUUACAAUUGUGCUGGAGGAGGGCUCAGAUUGGGACGGGGGCGGCGACGGCUAUGGUUUUGGGUUGUGCUGGAGGGCUCGGAUGGGGCGGCGGCUAG